AUGGCCGGUGUCGCGAAACUUUUUGACGGACAUAUUCUUGAUAAAUCAAAUCAAGAAGUUCAUCUUAAUGAUGAAAAAUAUAAAGGAAAAGUAAUUGGAAUUUAUUUUAGUGCUCAUUGGUGUCCACCAUGCCGUGGUUUUACUCCUAUAUUAAUUGAUUUUUAUAAAAAACAUAGUGAAGAUAAAAAUUUUGAAAUUAUUUUCGUUAGUUCAGACAGUGAUGAAGAAUCGUUUAAUGAUUAUUAUAAAGAUAUGCCUUGGUGGAAAUUGGAUUAUAAAGAAAGAGACAAACGGAAUGAAUUAGCAAGUUCAUUUAAGAUUUCUGGAAUACCAGCUUUGAUUUUAUUAGAUGGUGACUCCGGUGAAAUUAUUUGUAAUAAUACAAGAGAACAAAUUCAAUUUCAAGAUAAGAAUGGAGAAAACUUUCCAUGGAAAAGUGAAACACAUGCAAAAGCAUCUAAUUCGUGUAUUUUAUUUUAA